CAGCUACUUGCAUGGAUGGCUUCUAUUCCCACCAGACCAAAAUGGUGUUCAACAACACUCAAGAUCACAGGAUACCCAACUGUCCAACCAAUACAGCUCAUCUGGCACAAUGGCUUAGAUGUAGUGGCAGAUCUCUUUGCUAAUCCAAUUUUCACCAACCACAUGACAUAUGACCUGCAUGUUGUGGUUGAUGGUGAUGAGCAUGAGUACAGUGAAUAUUUUACAGCGCAACAAGCAUUUGAGAUUCAGGACCAGCUUCCUAAAGGUGCUACCAUCAUUCCAAUAAUCAUUGCAUCUGACAAGAUGCCCAUGAUGCAGCACACUGGAGGGCUCAAAAUGCACCCUAUCUUUGUCUCAAUUGCUAACAUUCAGUCUAAUGUGCAGAUGAGAGCAACAAGUCAUGCUUGGCAAUGUGUCAGCUUCAUGCCUAUUCCAAAAUUUACUGAUGUUCAUGCUGACUACCAAACUAUCCUAAGUCAAUGGCUAUUCCAUAAGUGUAUGGAUAUUAUCUUCACAGAUGCUAAGGUUGCAGCCAUGGCAGGCAAGUUUAUGCCUGAUCCUUCUGGCCAUGUAUGA